AAAUGUCAUUUUAAUUAUUAUUCAGAUUCUCUCCUCUCCCUCUCUCCCCCUCCCUCUCCCUCUCUCUCCCUCCCUCUCCUCCACAUAAAGAGCCAACAGGCUCCUCCCCCUUCCUCACAUCUCUUCUCCCGCUCCCUGCCUCUGUCUGUCAAACAAACCCACUCACUUCAUCUCUCUCUCUCUCUCUCUCUCUCUCUGUCAGUGACUCUGUGGUGGACAUGUGGACGCUGUGUCUGUCUCUCUGUCUCUUCUUCCAGUCCCUCUCAGCAGAGGAAGUGAUAAUUCUGGACACCACGGAGUCCACCGCAGAGCUGGGCUGGACCACAUAUCCAGACACGGGGUGGGAUGAGGUCAGCGUCCUGGAUGACCAGGGGAAACUGAUCCGCACCUUUGAAGUCUGUAACGUCAACCAAAACCCCCGUCUCCAGGACAACUGGUUGGCUACACCCUUUCUGUACCGACAGUCUGCUCCGCGGGUGUUUGUCACACUGCGAUUCUCAGUGCGUGACUGUGGGAGUCUGCGGUCACCGUCACCCACCUGCCGAGAGACCCUCACCCUCUACUACAAACAGGCCGACUCCCAGAGGGCGCUGCAGAGAAGCUGGGUGACGGAGCCGUCCAGCAGAGACAGAGAAACCAAAGAGGGCUGGGUGAAGAUCGACACCAUAGCGGCUGACAAGAGUUUCUCCAAGGUAGAACCCAGUUCUCCGCACCAGUACCAACCCAACAGGUACAGCCGCAUCAACGUGAAGACCCUCAGCUUCUCACCUCUCACCAAGAACGGGUUCGUCCUGGCUGUCGUGGACAGUGGAGCCUGCGUUUCCCUCAUGGGCGUGACCGUCUUCUACCGCCGAUGUUCAGCCACCAGUCUGUAUCUGGCUUCUUACCCCGCCACUCCUUCAGGGGCUGAAGCCACAGCUUUAGUCUCAGUGACUGGGACGUGUGUGCGCAACAGUAGAGCACAGGGGGGGGCGCCCCCGCGCAUGCACUGCAACGCCGAGGGAGAGUGGAUGGUGCCUGUGGGCGAGUGUGUCUGUGACCAGGGCCACGAGCCCAACCAGAAUGGAUCGGCCUGUUUGGCCUGUCCUGGCGGCUACUUCAAACCAGUUUGGGGCUCUGGUCUUUGUACCAUGUGUCCGUCCAACAGCAGAACCAGCCAGAAGGCCUCCAGUGUGUGUGAAUGUCGCAGCGGCUUCCACCGAGCGGCCGGUGACUCAAACACGUCUGCCUGCACCACCCCCCCAUCGCCCCCGGUCUCCCUGUCCUGGGAGUAUGAGAGCGACGAUGGCGGGGUGUCCAUAAUGUGGCGCCCUCCUCUGGACAUGGGAGGCCGCAGUGAGGUGUGGUACGGUGUAGUGUGCCGAAUCUGCCCCUCGCCUGUUUUUACCAACCCGGCGUCUUGCUCCUGGUGUGGGGAGGGCGUCACUUUCAGCCCCUCCCAGAACAACCUGAAACAGCCCAAGGUCACACUGCACCACCUGCUGGCCAGAGUCACUUACCUCAUACAGGUCCAGGCCAUGAAUGAGGUGUCGGCCCUCAGUCCGUUCUCACCUCGCUUCUCCAGCAUUAAUUUCACAAUCAGCCAAUCAGUUCCAAGUUCAGUUCCCAUGAUGCACCAGCUGAGCCGUGCCCCAGACUCCAUUACCCUGUCAUGGCCCCAGCCAGAUCGACCUAAUGGAGACAUCCUGGAGUACCAGCUCAGAUACUAUGACAAGGGUUCAGAUGAAGGCAGUUCAGUCAGUGUCUUCAGUGAGACCAACACUAUAACGAUCAACACUCUGGUUCCCGGCUCCAUUUAUGGGUUCCAGAUCAGGGCCCGGAAUGAACGAGGCUUUGGCCCGUACAGCAGCACCGUCUACUUCACCACUCUGCCCCUGGAAGAACAGUCACAGCAGAUGCAGACUCGGCUCCCUCUACUGGUCGGCUCGGUGAUGGGCGGGGCUGCAUUUCUUCUUGUUGUGGCAGCCAUUGUGGUUGUGGUGGUGUUUCGCAGGAAGCGCAGGGAGAGUCCGUACAGUGACCGUCUGCAGAGAUACGUCAGUCACCGCGGUGGGGUGAAGUAUUACGUGGACCCGUCCACUUACGAGGACCCCGGUGAGGCAGUCAGAGAGUUUGCCCGUGAAGUUGACCCUGCUCACCUUAAAGUGGAGGAUGUGAUUGGACCAGCUCACUUCGGUGAGGUUUCUCGCGGCCGUUACCGUCCGCUGGGCCGCAGGGAGGUGCUGGUGGCUGUGAAGACCCUUCGCUGGGGGGCGUCGGACAGGGAGAGGGGCGUGUUCCUGAGUGAGGCUGGGGUGCUGGGGCAGUUCGACCACCCCAAUGUGUUAAAGCUGGAGGGCGUCGUCACUCAAACCGCCCCCGUGAGAAUCAUAACUGAGUUUAUGGAGAACGGACCGCUGGACGCCUUCCUCCGGGACAACGAGGGGCAGUUCAGCGUCCUCCAGACGGUGGGGAUGCUGCGGGGCAUUUGCGGCGGUAUGUGGUACCUCUCAGAGAGAAACUUCGUUCACCGGGAUCUGGCGGCCAGGAACAUACUGGUCAACUCCAACCUGGUGUGUAAGGUGUCCGACUUCGGCCUGUCUAGACUGAUGAGGGGCGUGGACCACAACAUGCCCACGUACACAGCUUCACUGGGCAGUAAGGUUCCUGUGAGGUGGACCGCACCAGAAGCUUUUCAGCACCGCAAGUUCAGCUCCGCCAGUGACGUCUGGAGCUUUGGAGUCCUGAUGUGGGAGGUCAUGUCGUACGGAGAACGCCCGUACUGGGACAUGAGCAACCAGGAAGUAAUGAAGGCAGUUGCAGACCAGUACCGUCUCCCUGCCCCACACAGCUGCCCCCCUGCCCUCCACUCUCUGAUGCUGCAGUGCUGGCAGGCCGACCGAGGAGACCGACCCGGCUUUGACGGCGUCCUGUCGUCGUUGGACCGCCUCAUAAGACACCCCGCCUCCCUGAAGACCGAGCCGUCACGGUGA